AUGCGUCUUUAUGAAUACUGCCGGGCUCCGGAGCUGCUGUGGCAGAGCUCAGUUCGGAUGACAGAAUAUCUGACACGCUCUGCGUCUUGGAGAGAUAAAACCUCAAACAGUUAUGAGACUGUUGGCCAGGUAGAAGUUCAUUACGCGAGACCUAUCAUCAUACUCGGCCCUGUGAAGGACAGGAUAAACGAUGACCUGCUGUCUGAGUUCCCCGACAAGUUUGGAUCUUGUGUCCCGCACACAACACGACCCAAGAGGGAGUAUGAGGUGGAUGGGCGGGACUAUCACUUUGUGUCAUCACGGGAACAGAUGGAGAAGGACAUCCAGAGCCAUCGCUUCAUUGAGGCUGGACAAUACAACAGUCAUCUGUAUGGCACGAGUGUCCAGAGUGUCCGCGAGGUGGCUGAGCAGCAAGGGAAACACUGCAUUCUGGAUGUCUCGGCGAACGCUGUCCGUAGACUACAAGCAGCCCAGCUUCAUCCCAUCGCCAUCUUCGUCCGACCCAAGUCACUGGAGAACGUCCUAGAGAUCAACACUCGCCUGACAGAAGAGCAGGCCAGGAAAGGAAUGGACCGAGCCCUCAAACUAGAACAAGACUUUCUAGAAUGCUUCUCAGUAAGACGAGAGAUCUCAUGA